CCCCCUCACCCGAGAAAGGCCGCGAGAGAUGUCCGGUCCCGCACGCGGCCCCGGCGCCGGGCCGCUGGCCCCGCUGCUGGCCGUGCUGGCCGUGCUGGCCGUGCUGGCCGCCCUCGCCACGGCGGCCGCCGGGCCGCCGGGCAGCACCUCCAUCGGCCCGGUGUUUGUGGCCGUCUUCCACCCGGAUGCAUCGAUCCUCCCGCCCCGGGGCCCGGCCGCCGGGCGCAUGCCCCUCAAGCUGGACCUGGCACCCGGCCAGGAGUUGCCGGUCGAAAAGCAGGCCAUCCGCUUCGAGGCCCGCUGGAACCCGCCGGCCUUCAAUUCCUCGUCCCUGCUCGACGCGGCCGGCGUGUCGGCCCUGCGGGUGUGGACGCAGCAUUUCUCCCCGGGCGUGGACCCGGCGCUGAGCGCCUCGUCCCACCACCCGACCGGCGUGUAUGCCGAGCUGGAGCUGGCCCCGGGCGCGGCCCCGCGCGACCUGCUCCAGGACCAGACCGCCGGCCACGCGGCUCGGGUCAUCUCGCAGGCGCUCUUCACGCCGCGCGACUCGCCCUCCAUCGGCCGGCUCUGGUGCUCGCCCGGCGGCCUGCUGGUCGACAGCCCGGCCAAUGCCACCGUGGCCCAGACGAUGCCCUUCGGCCCGGAGGGCGCCCAGCGCCCGGCCAUCCCGGCCAUGUGCCUCCCCUGCGAGGUGGCCCUGGAGCAGGUGGCCUCGCGCGCGCGCUUCUGGCAGCGCGCCGACCCGGCCUCCACCACCAUGCGCAUUCACAUUCCCUUCUGCGUGUCGAACACCGAGCACGCGGUCCGCCGGCUCAUUUCGCCCUUCUACGGCGUCGAGGGCGGCUCCCUGCUGGGGGUCCACCACCCGGAGAAGGUGUCCAUCACGGCGCGCGUGGCCCGGGGGCUCGACGCCGAGUCGGUCACCUCGCAGCUGGAGAUCUCCGUCUCCGGGACCAUUGCCCCGGAGCAGUCGGUUGCCCUGGCCGGCACCCAGUUGUUCAUCGGCCAGCAUGACCCGGCCGAUGCGCACCGCAUCCACAUGCACCAGGUCACCAAGUCUGACACCCGGUGGUCGAUGGCCGGCGAGCCGGCCUUCCAGCUGGACCUCCCCUCGCGCUAUGCCAGCACACUCGGCAUGGCCACCGGGCUGACCGCCUGCACCGGCAUGGCCCUCACCGGGGCCGGGUCCCAUCGGAAGAUCGAGUACUCGAUGGAGAUCUUCCCCAAUGAGCACGCAUCCUCCUUGACACUUCGCUGCCCGCGGGGCGCGGCUCUCAUCAUCCAGCAGCACCUGUCCCAGGACCUGAUCGUGGACCCGCACGAGGUGACGCACCUGAUGAACCACCCGCCGGAGGACGGCCAGGCGCGGCUCCUGUCGGCCCGGGUCUUUGGCGGCCUGCGGGAGCUCGAGGCGCCGGCCAUCCACAGUGCCCCGGGCAUGGUGCAGCUGGCGGUGCCCCUGCUGGCCGGGCGGCCAUUCCGGGCGAGCGCCGCCCCGGGCGAGGACCCGCACCCGGCGGCGGUCGGCUACCCGCUGACGCUGCGCUUCAGCCUCCCGGUGCAUGGGCGCUAUCCGCCGCUGGUGCCCGGGGUGGCUGGUGACGGCGGGGCCGAUCUGGUCCUGGCCCCGGUGUGGGGCCCCACCUCGGCCAGCCUCAUCUGCCAGGGCCUGGGCGCCGAGGGGGACACCCCGAGCGGGGAUCUGGUCCUGCCGGUGUCGGUGCAGCGCUGCUCCGGCAGCAUGGCCCCCCGGCCGGGGGCCGUCACCAUGACCCCUCCGCUGGAGGCGUCCACCUCGCAGCCGCUGGCAUUGCCGGCCGCGCGAGCCGUGCGGGCCAGCUUUUGGGCCCUGCCGGCCGGCCGGGCCGGGGACGCCGACCGCAUCCGCCGGUGGACCGAGCUCACCGGCCUGGCUGGGGCUCUGGCCAUCGUGCUGGCCGUGGCCGGGCGCCGGUUCUUCCGCCGGGGCUGAUGUGCCCGUGCGCCGGGGCAAAAUAGACAGCCAGCCAGCCA